AUGGGCGAAAAUUGUGUUUCUUUAGUGACUGCAAUAGAGCAAAUGCAAGAACUCGACCAGAGACUGAAGAAACUCGAGGAGCCAGCCGAGGAGAAGCAAACGAACGAGGCCUCGAGCAAAGAACAAUAUGAAUUGUCCGAGGAGAAAUGCGGCGAAUCGGACGGCGAUCAAAGGUUGCUCGAAAUCCGAGCCAAAGUUAAUCGUACGAACGUCCUCCUCAAACUGCAGUGCGAAAAACGCAAGGGCGUUUUGGUCAAGUUGCUAACGGAACUCGAUAAGCUCAAUCUCGAUGUAAUCAGCGCUAGCGUCGUGCCGUUUGGGCCUUUGGUCCUCGACAUUACCAUUACGGCUGAGGUGACGAAAGAAGAAUUCAGUGGCUCCGCGGAAGAUGUGGUGGCGACUAUUCGUAACUGUCUCCAUUCCGAUGCGUAG